AUUAAAUCGCAAGAAUAUAUUCAUUUAGUGUUUUCACAGCAUUUGAUAAUAAAAUCGUUGCAAUAAUUAUAAGCAAAAUGUUUGCAAAAAUUACAAUUUAUUUGUCUGCGAUUUUAAUCAUCGCAUUUGUGUCCCAAUCGGUGGCCAAAGAGGAGAUUAAAACUGAAGACUUGGUCCAAACCUGCGAUAAAGACGAUAAGUUAUGUCAGGCCUCAGCCGGUGAUAAGGCUAAGGAGAGCCACAAAUACAGUGACGACACGUCAGCCAAAGCUGGCGGCAGUACUGACGGGGGAUCGACAGGAAAGCCAACAAAGGGGGACAAAAAAAUCAAAAAAUCGACCAAGGUUAAAUCAACUGGAGACGAUAAUGUGGCCGACUGUCCCCUGUGCUCAUUCACCCGACCCCUGGUCCGCAAAAUUAUGGACUGGAUCUCUGAGUUGAUCAGUGAUCCGAUGAUCCAGAUGGUUUUUGAAAUGGUCAGACACCAAAUCUGGGAGGUGGGCAAUAUGACCAAGGAGAAAUUUGGUUUUAGAUUGUUCUAG